AUGAGGAUAGUCAUCCUCCUGAGUCUUCUGUUCCACAUGACAGCUGCUUUUCACCAAGUACAUUACCUGGUGGUGAUCCCUGCGGAUCUCCACUACCCAUCCACCCAAGUUGCCUGCCUCCAUAUCACCUGUCAUGAAACAAAGCUUCAAGUGAGUCUAGUCCUGGAGAGCUCUGCAGGACGUGAGCUCUUAGUACAAGAAGCCAUCCAGAAGAAGAAGACUUUCCUGUGCACUAAGUUCUGGGUUCCACCUCCAGCUGAUGGCACAGAGGAGAUUGCCACUGUCAAACUGAUCAUCACAGGUGAAAGAGUCAGUAUUGAGGAGAAGAAAAGGGUCCUGGUCCGUAAGGCCAGCACUGGCACCUUCAUCCAAACAGACAAGCCCAUCUAUCAACCAGGGCAGACAGUGAAGUUUCGCAUUGUGAGUCUAGAUGAGGAAUUCGUUGCACUCAACAACUCGAUUUCCCUGUUUCUCCAGGAUCCUAAGAACAACCGGAUAGAGCAGUGGCUGAAUGUGGUCCCCCAGGAUGGCAUUGCAGAUCUGUCUUUCCAGCUGAGUGAUGAGCCUCUACUGGGGACUUACAUCAUCAAUGUAACCAGUCACAGAGCACAUGGCAACUUCUCCGUUGAGGAGCACGUUCCAGCAAAAUUUGAAGUGAUCUUUGAGGCACCAGAUCAAAUUUAUGCACUAGAUAAAACCUUUCCACUUCGUGUCUGUGGCAGGUACACCUAUAGGAAAGGCGUCCAGGGGAUGUUUCAUGUCAGCCUUUGUCAGAAGAUAGCCUUGUUCCUGCCAAGUGCUUCCAAACCUGAUCUCUGUCAGGAAUUCAACAACCGGACAGAUGAGACAGGUUGCUUCUUCAUGAUUGUGAGUCUGUCCUCCUUCAGUCGAGACUUUCGGUACUACCGGGACAGCAUCGUUGCAGAGGCCUCGCUGGUGGAGGAUGGCACAGAGACACACGUCAAUGCUUCCCAUAAAUUACUCAUGUCCAAGAUUGCCGGGAUGGCCUUGUUUGAUGAUGUCAAUUCUUACUACCACGCUGGAGACAUGUACAGGGGGAAGAUCAGAGUCAUCAACUACCAAGGCAAGGCAAUGAAGCACAAAGAAGUCCUCCUCUUAGUAAGCUGCAGGGGGCAGCAAUUUAAGCAGAGGUACAUCACUGGGGACUCCGGGACGGCUUCAUUUAGCCUGAACACAACUGCUUGGAACAGCACCUCAGCUUCCCUGGAGGCAAGUGUCCUACAUCAAGAUUUGGAUAACGAGCCUGGGACAGCUGAUUUGAGUUACCAGCGAGCCUCUCAUGUCAUACAUCCAUUUUACAGCACCAGCAGGAGUUUUCUCUCCAUUGCUCGUGUGCCGGAAAUGAUGCCCUGUGGUAUAAAGCAGGUUAUCCAGGUGGACUUCAGAAUUUACCAGGAAGACCUGGAACAUGGGCCCAAGCGUGUCAUUUUCUCCUACUUCGUCACAGGGAGAAGAGGCAUAGUCCAUGCAGGUCAGAAGACUGUUUGGGUUGGGCUGCCAAGAAUGCUGAAAGGCUUCUUCUCCAUCCCUCUUACCUUCAGCUUGAUCUAUGCCCCAGCUCCAAGACUUGUUGUUUAUGUUAUCUUCCCUAAUGGAAAAAUCAUCGCGGAUUCUGCCAUCUUCAGGGUCUCCAUGUGUUUCAGAAAUAAGGUGGAGCUGGGCUUCUCAGUGCCCCAGACCCUUCCUGAUGCAAAUGUUGGUCUCCACCUGCUGGCAGCUCCUGGGUCCACCUGUGCUGUUUGGGCUGUGGAUCAGGCUGUCACUACACUGAAGCCAGGAGAAGAGCUCAGCAGCUCCUUGAUGGAUGAGCUGUUCUUAUCUGCUUAUAACUCCAGACAUCCUCCUCAAGUGUCAGAAGAUGAUAAUUCAUGCGAGUUCCCAAACUCUGAUGAGCCUGAUGUGUUUACAGCAUUCAGGGAAAUGAGGUUGCAAAUUAUGUCCAACACCAAUAUCAGGAAACCCAGAGUGUGCCCAACAACACCAUCAACAACUGUGUUGCGGGAAACAACAACGUUGACUUCCAGGCCCAUGUUGAUGUUUGCUCAGCCCCACGAAGCAUAUAAUGACCAUCUGACAACAUCUACCUAUGAGCCUACUAUGUUUUCCCUUGCUUCUGCACCUGAAGAAAAAGUACAUAAGCAUUUCCCUGAAGCCUGGAUAUGGAAUUUAUAUUCUGUGGGUCCCAGUGGGAACAAGAAUGUCACUGUCACUGUGCCUAACACCAUCACAAAAUGGAAAGCAGGAAUGUUCAGUCUGCUUGUUUUCAAGCCAUUUCUUGUGGAGCUCACACUACCAUUUUCUGUGAUCCAGGGUGAGACCUUCACCCUGAAGGCCACAAUUGUCAACUAUCUGCAACGAUGCAUGAAGAUCCAGGUGACCCUGGAGACAUUUCCACAAUUCCAGCUCAAGCAAUGCAAAAGUUGUGUCUACAGCAGCUGCUUAUGUGCCGAUGAAGUGAAGACCUUUCAGUGGAGUGUCACAGCUGAACAGCUGGGGCUCAUGAACAUCACCCUCAAUACAGAGGCCGUGGUCACCAAAGAGCUCUGUGGUGAAGAGAUACCAUUUGUUCCCAACCAAGGACAGAAAGAUAGGAUCAACAAACUCCUCCUAGUCCGGCCAGAGGGACUGUUGGUAGAAAAGGCUCACAGCUCCAUCCUAUGUCCCAAAAAAGGGAAUCCAGCACAGGAAUCUGUGUCCCUGAUGUUGCCUCUAAAUGUGGUUGAAGGUUCAGUCAGAGCCACCGUCUCGGUUACUGGUGACCUCCUGGGCCAGGCACUGCAGAACCUAGACCACCUAGUGCAGAUGCCCCACAGCUGUGGGGAGCAGAACAUGGUGCUGUUUGCCCCCAUUGUCUAUGUGCUGCAGUACCUGGAGAAGACAAGGCAGCUGACCCCUGAGAUCAAGGAGCGGGCAACAGGAUUCCUGCGCAAUGGCAAGUGUGGAUGGGGAGGUCACAUUGGCUGCCUACAUCACUGCUGCAUACUUGGAGGCAGGAGAGACACCAGAGGUGGCCAGAUCCACUGGAGCCAGACCUUAUCCCAGUCCAGAUACAGCGGCAGCCUUUGGUCACAGCCACUGCCUGUGGAUGUGGAGAUGACAGCCUAUGUUCUCCUGGCCCUGCUCUCCAAGCCAAAUGUCACAGGGUCUGAUCUCACCACAGCCUCCAGCAUUGUGGCCUGGCUCACCAGGCAGCAGAAUGCCUAUGGAGGGUUUGCUUCAACACAGGACACAGUGGUCGCCUUGCAGGCCUUGGCUAAGUAUGCAGCACUGACACACAGCACGAAAGGGGGUGCAGAAGUGAGGGUGAGGUCCCAGACAGGCUUUGGGAGGAAAUUCCAAGUCUCAUACCAGAACCGGCUAUUGGUGCAGGAGGCAACACUGACAGAAGUCCAAGGAAACUUCUCAGUGCAGGCUCAUGGCAGCUGCUGUGUCUUUACCCGGAUGGUGCUGAGGUACAACAUGCCCUUUGCACAGGUCUCCACAUCCUUUGCCUUGCGAGUGAAAACCAAGCCAGUUAAUUGCACAGAUGAUACACACUCUGUUACUGUCUAUGUCAAUGUCAGAUACACUGGGACGAGAUCCACUUCCAACAUGGUGAUCGUGGAGGUGUCCCUGCUGUCCGGAUUCGCCCUUACUCCAGGAUCCCCGAUGUCUCUGCAGCAUUGGCAUCCUGUGAGAAGAACUGAGAAAACACGAGGAGGUGUUGCCAUCUACCUGGACAAGCUGAGCCAUAAGUCUGAGACAUAUGUCCUGCAUCUGGAGCGGGAGAUUGGGGUCACCAAUCUGAAGCCUGGCCAUGUCAGGGUCUAUGACUACUACCAUCCAGAGGAGCAGGCCCUGGCUUAUUAUAACGUCUUCUGCAUCUGA